AUGGUUCUUGCUGCGCGUUGUGGCCAAGCGGCGACGCUGCUGCGCCAGCGAUGUCUCGCUGAAGCUCGUCCGGCCCUCUCCCUCCGCUCCUUCACCUCUAAUGCCUCCGUUCGAUCUACGGCCUCUGUGCUGCGCCUGCAGAAGAUUCCCUCCGCCGCUCGCUCACAGCAGCUGCGUGCCUUUUCCAGCACAAUUAGCCGUCUGGCCGCGGCUCAAGAUGCUCCGUCUUCAGAGGCCUACCUGGCCAGCGGCGUCGUCAAGCCCGGCCGGAAUCUGGUCGAUGUGAAGAAGGUCCUUGUCAUCGGUAGCGGUGGCUUGAGUAUCGGUCAGGCGGGCGAGUUUGAUUAUUCCGGUUCCCAAGCUCUCAAGGCUCUCAAAGAGGCCGGCGUCAAAUCGGUGCUCAUCAACCCUAACAUCGCGACGAUCCAAACAGACCACAAGUUGGCCGACGAGGUCUACUAUCUCCCCGUGACCCCCGAAUAUGUCACCCACGUCAUCGAGCGUGAGCGACCGGACGGUAUUUUCCUGGCCUUUGGUGGCCAGACGGCCCUCAACUUGGGUGUGCAGAUGAACCGCAUGGGCAUCUUCGAGCGCUACGGAGUGCGCGUCCUGGGUACCAGCAUCAAGACCCUCGAGACCAGUGAGGAUCGUGACCUGUUCUCGCAGGCUCUGAACGAGAUCAACAUCCCCAUCGCCGAGUCCAUCGCCGUCAGCACCGUCGAUGAUGCGCUCAAGGCCGCCGAGUCCGUCGGCUACCCCAUUAUCGUCCGAUCCGCCUACGCGCUGGGUGGUCUCGGUUCCGGCUUCGCCGCCAACCCGGAUGAGCUCCGCGAUCUGUCCUCCCGCUCGCUGUCCCUGGCGCCCCAGAUUCUCGUCGAGAAGUCACUGAAGGGCUGGAAGGAGGUCGAAUACGAAGUCGUCCGCGACGCUGACAACAACUGUAUCACCGUCUGCAACAUGGAGAACUUUGAUCCUCUCGGUGUGCACACCGGCGACAGUAUCGUGGUGGCUCCCUCGCAGACCCUCUCGGACGAGGAGUAUCACAUGCUCCGUACCGCGGCCAUCAAGAUUGUCCGUCACCUGGGUGUCGUGGGUGAGUGCAAUGUGCAAUACUCUCUCCAGCCCGACGGUCUCGAUUACCGUGUCAUCGAGGUCAACGCUCGUCUGUCGCGUUCAUCUGCCUUGGCAUCCAAGGCUACCGGUUAUCCUCUGGCCUAUACCGCCGCCAAGAUCGCGCUCGGCCACACUCUGCCCGAGCUUCCCAACGCUGUGACCAAGACUACCACUGCUAACUUCGAGCCCAGUCUCGACUACAUCGUCACCAAGAUUCCUCGAUGGGAUCUGAGCAAGUUCCAGCAUGUGAACCGCGAUAUCGGCAGCGCUAUGAAGUCUGUUGGAGAGGUCAUGGCUAUUGGCCGUACUUUCGAAGAGUCCCUGCAGAAGGCUAUCCGUCAAGUCGAUCCUAAGUACCUAGGUCUGCAGGGUGACCACUUCGAGGAUAUCGAUGAGGUCCUCCGGAACCCUACUGACCGCCGCUGGCUGGCUGUUGGUCAGGCCAUGCUGCACGAGGGCUACUCUGUGGACAAGGUGCACGAGCUUAGCAAGAUUGAUAAGUGGUUCCUCUAUAAGAUCCAGAAUAUCGUUGACUGCAACAACGAGCUGAAGGAAAUCGGAAGCCUCUUCGGUGUUACCGCGGAGACUAUGCUGAAGGCCAAGAAGCUCGGCUUCUCGGAUAAGCAGAUUUCCCUGCUUGUCGGUGCCUCCGAGGACGAGGUGCGCGCUCGCCGUAAGUCCUUUGGUAUCACUCCCUGGGUCAAGAAGAUCGACACUCUGGCUGCCGAAUUCCCUGCCGACACCAACUACCUAUACACCACCUAUAAUGCUAGCUCCCACGAUGUCACCUUCGAUGAUCACGGCACUCUGAUCCUCGGUAGCGGUGUGUACCGCAUCGGUAGCUCCGUCGAAUUCGAUUGGUGUGCCGUCAACGCCACCCUAUCUUUGCGCAAGAUGGGCAAGAAGACCGUGAUGAUCAACUACAACCCCGAGACCUACUCCACUGACUUCGAUACCGCGGACAAGUUGUACUUCGAGGAGCUGAGCUACGAGCGUGUGAUGGAUAUCUACGAGUUGGAGAGCGCCAACGGCGUCGUUGUCUCUGUCGGCGGUCAGCUGCCCCAGAAUAUUGCUCUGCGUCUGCAGGAGACUGGUGGUGCCAAGAUUCUCGGCACCGACCCUCAGGACAUUGACAAGGCUGAGGACCGUCACAAGUUCUCGCAGAUCCUGGACAGCAUUGGUGUGGACCAGCCUGCCUGGAAGGAGCUCACCUCCGUCGCCGAUGCCGAGAAGUUCGCCGAGUCCGUGGGCUACCCCGUCUUGGUUCGUCCCUCCUACGUGCUGUCCGGUGCUGCCAUGAACGUCAUCUACAGUGUCGAUGAGCUCAAGGAGAAGCUUCUCAACGCCAGCGCCGUCUCACCGGACCACCCCGUCGUGAUCACCAAGUUCAUCGAGGGUGCCGAGGAGAUUGACGUUGACGCCGUCGCUUCCAACGGUAAGCUCCUGGUUCACGCCGUGAGCGAGCACGUUGAGCCCGCUGGUGUCCACUCUGGCGAUGCCACCCUGGUCCUUCCCCCGGUCAACUUGGAGGCGCCUGUUAUGGCCCGCGUCAAGGAGAUCGCCGAGAAGGUUGCCAAGGCCUGGAACAUCACCGGUCCCUUCAACAUGCAGAUCAUCAAGGCCGAUCAGGAAGGUGCCGAGCCCCAGCUGAAGGUCAUUGAGUGCAACCUGCGCGCUUCCCGUUCAUUCCCCUUCGUCAGCAAGGUUCUUGGUACCAACUUCAUUGAUGUGGCUACCAAGGCCCUUGUGGGUCGUGAUGUUCCCGAGCCCGUCGACCUGAUGGUGCAGAAGCGUGACUACCUUGCCACCAAGGUUCCUCAGUUCUCCUGGACUCGUCUGGCUGGUGCCGAUCCUUUCCUGGGUGUGGAGAUGGCCAGUACCGGUGAGAUGGCUUGCUUCGGUAAGGACCUGAUCGAGGCCUACUGGACCUCUUUGCAAUCAACCAUGAACUUCCGCAUGCCCGAGGCCGGUGAGGGUAUCCUGCUCGGUGGUGAUAUCACCCAGCCCUACCUGACUUCCAUUGUCAACUACCUGAGCCCUCUGGGCUACAAGUUCUACGCUGCCAACCCCGAGGUCAAGGCUCACCUCGAGUCCACCUGCAAGGACAAUGUGACUGUCACCGUGAUUGAGUUCCCCAAGAAGAACAAGCGUGCCCUCCGUGAGGUCUUCCAGAAGUACGAUAUUCGUGGAGUCUUCAACCUGGCCAAGACUCGUGGCAAGACCCAGCUCGACGAGGACUAUGUUAUGCGCCGCAAUGCUGUUGACUUUAGCGUGCCCUUGUUCAUGGAGCCCAAGACCGCUACUCUCUUCGCUCAAUGCAUGAACGAGAAGCUUCCUCGCCCCGAUGGAAUCCCCUCCGAGGUUCGCACCUGGGCUGAGUUUGUCGGUGGCAAGGAGGCUCUAUAA